AUGGGCAAGUCAUGGAAGCCAAACAAAGGAGACAAGCAAUACCCGCGGGAUGGUGGCGCAGAGUCCUACUACCGACUCUGGCGUGGGGCCUACUCGCCCAGGGCUCCAUGGCGGAACCCCAGCGACGCCGACUACAAUGCAGUGGCCUUCCCGAGCUAUACCCAAGUUGCACCGAAAGCAACGGCUCCAACCCCGAGCUCGGAGACCAAGCCACCGCCAGGCGAGAUGCAGUUGCUCCAGAAGGCCGUCACCGCGGCCAAGAAAGCAGAGAACAAAGUUCGCAAAGUAGUGGCAGAUCGCGAUACCAAUUCCAGGCAAUGGGACCAGUACCUGGAGAAUAUGAAGAACAACUACAUACAGGAGUUCUUGAAGCACCAGAAGGACCAAGCGUGGUUCCAAGAGGAGCUCGAGUCUGCACUUGUCCAACAAGAGACUGCACGACAGGCAGUCAAGCGAGCAAUCCAGGGAGAGCCGAUACAGGAGGACCCUGGAACAGGAAGAGAACAAGAGAUUGCGACCUCUUGGCAGAACAUGCGGGAUGCCUGGGAGAGACCCAUGGAUGUCGACUUCCUCGGGGUCAUACAACGUGCGAUGGAAAGCAUGGCACCAGAUGGUGCCGCACCGGCCCCUGGUCCGAAAAGACUCCGACCCGAAGUCGUGGGGCAGUUCUUCUCACCGGAAGCCUUUGCCUUCAUGCAGGCCCAAGCUGGCUUUGCUUCGGCGGCGGCAGCUCAUGGUGCUGCCCCGACUCCUCCAGAGCCCUUUCCUUCUCACCCGCCGCCUCCGGGUUUUGGUCAUCCAGGCAAGGAACCAGGAUCUUCGGCAAGCCAAGCAGACACGUCCGGCGGUGCUCCUCCACAGAAGAUGGAAACCUCACCUGCCCAUCCAGGGAUGCGCGAACCAGGACAGCAUCGGGUGCCGACAUAUGCAGAGCCCCCUCGAUCGGAUGUCAAGACUGCCACCAAAGUCUCCCCGGGAGGCCGGGUGGACCCACAUGGUUCACUGGCACAGAAGCUAGAUGCCAAGCGCCAGCAAGAGCUUCAGCGAACGGCGAUGCAACCCUUUGGCAUCCAGCGCAAGCCACCGGAGACAUCGGAUGGACAAGUUCUGGACGACCAGGAUUCCGAUCAGGAUCCGGAAGAGCUCCACCGUGCUGGGGCUGACUCCAAUGCCAGUGACUGCAUACCUCGCUGGGAUCCUCUCCCACCUGACAUCUUUCUGGUUUUGAUCGAUGUCGGUGGCAUUGGGUCCUCUUCUUCCUCGCGGAAAUCGGGCUACUGCACCUCGCAGCCAUUUGCAGUUGAUCACAAAGUUGGUUGGGCCGCGCUCGAUGUCUCUGUCAAUCGCAUGACCGGCCUCCUCGAGCACCUAAGAGACGUAUCGGUGGUUCAGGGGCGUCCGCCGGGGUUCACUGACUUCCUUGAGAAAGUUGGUUCCUUCCUAGUGCCCUUGGGCAGAGCCAUUCUUUUCCAUUUUGCACUGGCCCUCUACAUGAGCUACGACGAGGAUUUUAUGGAGUCUCCGAGACUUCUCUCCGAGGCAUUCAGCCACCAAGCCCCACACCAGAGGCCUUGGCAAAGGAUCUUCCGACCGCUCCUCUUUGCGACACAGAGGGCAGCGAAUCCACAUGCCAGCCCGACCCUCUUCUACACACAUGGCAUAGCCCCUCAGAAGAAACACGGGGUAUCUGUCAGCGUGCCGGUCACACCCGAACACUUCCUUCAAACAGUCGUCGACAAUCUCAGCCCCAGGAAGCUCUUCUUUGCGGCUGACCUUGACUUUGUCGAACCCCAGCCAGAGGAGGGCUUUGUGUCACUACUGCUGGUUCCGCAGUGGCUCGAACAAUCUGACCUUGCUGAGAUCAUCUUUGACUUUUCUGCAGUUGGGGGUCCGGUCUAUGCAGUUAUUGUUGCAAAGCACCUCCCUCAUGCUCAGGUCAUCGAACAUGCCAGCAGGCACACUGAGUCCCCUUGGGAUGCUUUCCAGACGGGACAGUCUGAGCCGUUACGAUCAGAUAGGCACAUUCGGGUUGUAACUGGCGACACCAUCAAGUUCGUCGCGGUUUAUGGUAGUCCUCACUGGAACCCGCCCUCCACUGCGUGCCUUAGAGAUUCGGAUUUCCUUUCAGCUGACAUCCGACAGAUAGUGAGCGAAGAAGUUUCAGACUCCUGGCUCAUACUGGCACCAGACAUCGAACGAGACAUCCUCCACUCAGGCCAGCCAGAUGCCCAACUCCAAGAGCACGCUGCCAGUGCUCUGCACUGCCGCGGAGAUCAGCUCACGCUGUGCAUCCCUGACAAAACCACAUUUCAGCCGCUUGUCUACCAAGGCGCCCUUCUUGCAGGUGUGAUUGCGGCGCGACAAUUGACGCCGUCAGAAAUCUGUGGUGCUGGCCCGGGUGUCCUCAUUGUUCUGGACUGUCGGCCCGUUGGCAGAAAACCCACCUUCUUUCGCAACAGGGACCCAUAUGUCGGUGAAGCGGUCCUGCUUCAUUUCCUUGAUCUCCGACCCCCCCGUGGCUUCCAGAUCGUUCUCAGUGGUCUCCCUAGAGUCGGGGAGGCAUUUUGGGCUUAUAACGGCAGCGUUCUCCGCGUGGACUUUGAGCCUUCCUGCCUCACCCCACUGGAUGGGUCUACCGGUGACCCUACCGACACCGGUGGGGCCAUUGCAAUGCGCAAUCCAUACCAGGCUCCAGGUGGCUGCCAAGGCGUUCCGUGGCAAAGAGCAGUUGAUGUAACCCGCGAUGUUCACCCACCAGCCCGUUUUGAUGAUGAGGCACGCACGCCACCACCUGUUGCCUUCACGAGGGAAAGACCGCAGGUACCGUGUGCACAAGACGAUGCGCUCAAUGAAGUACAGGAAGCCCGGAACGAGGAUCAAUCCCUGUAUUUUGAUACCCUCCUUCCCGUCGAGCCGCAACCCGACAAUCGGUUCGCCUGCAUCCUGUCCCUGCCGGAGUGGGCCACCACACUGUGCCAUGUUUUGGUUGACCUCCGACAGGUCGACGGCAGGCUCUUCAGCAUUACUCUGCCCGAUCGACUUUCCAGAGCCUCGUUACUUGCUUCUGUCGCGCUUGCGGAUGCGCCAAGGCUACGCAUAUUCCUCGCUGACCGACUCCUUCCUGCCGAAGGGGACAUCGUUCCUGAGAAUGGAGGCUUGAUCACCUUUGUGCCAGACGGCCGACAUCUUGGUCCGCUCUAUCCCUUCGACGAACUUCUCGGAUCGGAGCGUAACUGGGCUAUACCGUGCCCAAUGUACCCAGGACCCAUCCGAUCGGCUGUGCUGAUAUGCAACGAUGAUGUGCCCAAAGUCAUCUCAUACGAGCCGACUCCCGCAGACACUCUCACUGUGUUUCGAAGGGUUGUAGCCAGUUUCCUUGGCUACGACCCCGCAGACACCAUCCUGCAUCCAUCUAAUCCUGCAAUAGAGGAUGUUGAGCACUUUGGUUACACCUGCAAGUCGAUCUGUGUUGCCACCCGGCACUCCAAUCGACCUACCAGCGGUGAGGGACACGAUGACACACAUAUAGUCAUUCUGGACACCAGACCCAUUCUUCGGGACAUUGAAUGGCUCACCGCUGAUCAAGGGAGACUUGACUUCGAUGGUCUGUGUGCCAGAUUUGAUGCAGAGGCGCCACCGGGCCACGCCACCAGCAUCAAAGGAGGCCGACAUGAACUUCGAGCUGAGGGCACACUUGUGCAUGUCCCACAGGCUGGGAUUCUUGUGGUUCAAUAUAUUCCUGACUUCCUUGAAAACUCGCCGACUUCCAAUGAUGCAGAACUCGGCGGACAGGAGCAAGAAGAUGCGCACGAGGACUCUGAGUCCACCUGCACGGAUUCCAGUGACCUAUCUGAUGACGAUGGGGCAGAGGCUGGCCAGCGUGAAAGGAGCCGCACUCCCCGCCGCAUCGAUAGAGCGCACUGUCUGGCCUCCACUGGUGAUGCCGCCAUGCUUCCAACCACUCAUGGCAUCACAACCCCUAUAGCAAUUGACAGCAAAAUUGAAGCCUACUUCGGCCCCAUAGGUUUUUCGAUACUUCUCGAUUUACCGUCUGUUCCGGUUUGGUUCGGGGUUUCUUGGGAUCUGUGCCCUGGGUUUAGUACCCAUAAGCUCCUAGGGGACUCCGACUCCUGUCAUGCCUCACAGUGGAGCGACAACCUCCCGGCCUCUGGUGACGGGGCCCAGGCGACUGCGAACUGGACAUACACAGCCCCUCCUGACCAUCGGGAGUUCACUAUCGACCAGGAAGGAGGACAGUUCGAUGGAGUUUUGCAUCCGCCAGAAGACAGACAGUUACACUUUGUCGUUGCCGCCAUUGAUUAUUCAUUGCGUCAGGUCGAAGUCACACUCAGUAUCCCGGCAGUCCCACCAGAGGCUCUUGCGGCUGUUAGAGACGCCAGACCAUCUGCUGACCGAAGGCGAUUUCCGAUACUUCAUCCUGCGCAUCCACAGCCAGUCCCUGGUGUUGGUGUAUUCAUUGCGGAACCUAGCUGGGGACCACAACCUCCAACCAUCUGUGUUGACACCAGGCUGAUUGAUGGCCGUCUGUUUGCGUACCGUGGCCGCACCUACGCGGACCGUUUUGCCCUCUUGCAUCUAGCAGGCCUCCCACCCCAGCUUGCGAUUGAUGUCUACGUAGGCCAAGACCUUGUCCCUCUUCCAGACGGUACAGACCUGCACCUCACUUCUGGGGUUACGGUCCGCUUCGUGCCUGCCGGGCUGCCUGUUGCGCCCGCUGCCGAAUUUGCAGACUGCCUACGCAACCCAGCCUGGUGGAGCCUGGUACCAUACCCGGCCACCCAUAGUCCGGUUACUAGGUAUGGUUUAGUCUUGGAUGGUCAGAUUAUCCUGCAUGAGACUGAUGUUACCUGCCCGACCAGGUAUAAGCACCAGAUUGCGACUUGUAUAGGUCUCCCGGUCUCUGGAUUCACACUUUGCCCAGCCAAUCCAAGGACGACGGACUGUGCCAUCAGUGGGCACCCAGUCCGAGCCAUCAUUGGGAUUGUCGAAGGGACCCAAGCUGCCUCGCCAGCGUUUUGUGCUUUGGUCGACUGUCGGCCCCAAUGCAAUGGAUGGUUUACCAUCCCCCUCAAUGGUGGACGUAUCGAUGCAUGGGAGCUCCUUGACAAUCUAGACAUGCAAGCUCCACGGGGAUGGCGUUCUCUCCUUGUGGGUCACCCCAGUUCUCAACAGUAUGCGGCUGCCUAUCCUGGCAGCGUGUUCGUUGCAGAAUAUGCUCCCUCACGACCGGCUCCCAUCCCUUUACUGCAUGGCGCGUCCCACGACGAAGCCUCUACAACUCCGCUACCUGCUGUCCCUCAACAGGCAGGAGAUCAGAUUUCUGCACAGCCCAGAAACGGACCCAAUGCUGAUUCUGCGACUCCUGCAGCGUCCUCUGCCGACGCAACUGCUGAAGACCUGCAGAGCUCUCCGAGUCAACAUGCGACGAGCCAACCAUCAGCCUUCGUGACAACCACCUUCUGCAUUCUCGGUCAACACUAUGAGGAUGAGGUUGUCCGAGUUAGGAUCCCAGUCGGCACUACGCCUUCGGAAGCAGUUGAGGCAGUCAGUGCAGCCCGUGAUCCAGCUGUCCGCAGCUAUCUCCCUCGAGUAGGACAUGUGCCUGUCCAGUCCCUUGACGGUAUUGCGGUUUUAGUGGGUUUGCCUCUCUGGGACCCUUCCGGAGCUUUGAUAGUCCUUGAUGGUACUAGGGCCGGCAGCACUAUCCACGUGGCACAACUUCCAGGACUGGUUCAGAGAGAAGGGCUCCUUAUCGCCGCUGGGUUUCCCCCUAACUCGGAUCUAGAGGUUUACCUCAAAGACAUCCCCUGGCCCAUCCAGCAGGGAUCUCAAGUGUCUGUCCGUCACGGGGAUACGGCUAUCUUUGUCCCGCCAGGACAUGCCCACUUCGUUACCACCACUCUACAGGCAAUUCUCAGUUCGACCGAGCAUUGGAACUCGACAUGGACUCCGUCUCCUCCUGACGGUGAGCGUGCAUGGGUUUUGACCCCAGACGCACCCUUCUCCUUCACGAUCUCACCUGAUCGUAGAAGUCAUUUGCGGCAGGACCUACUUACCGCCAUAGGCGGAGGAGCACACGCCUUUUGCUCCCCCGAGCCCCUUGCUCCAGCCUACACACAUCAAGGCCUCAUACACGACCACAUCAUUGCGGCCAUUGAUCCCGUUCCAUUCUCGGAACCAGAUGCAGACAGAAGGAUCUUCUGCUUCGUUGAUGCACGGCCCCUGUUACUCCGUGUCGAGUGCCUCCUCGCCUACGACGGCAUUUUGCCAUGUGCAAGGCUUCAAGCACAAUAUGCCAGCAGAUGCCCUCCGGGUUUUGUGCUAUGUUACUUCGAACAGGAUGGCUUUGUACAUCCUGUCAUCCGGGACAUCAGAGUGCGAGGCUUUGAGGUUGUUGUGCUCACCUUUCUUCCUGCACACUUUAUCCCAGAUCCGCAAGAGCCUGACAGCUCGUUGCCCCCACAUGAGGACCCGUCGUCUCGCGAUGACGAGGGGCCGGAUGAAUCCCAGGAGGAUGGCGAUUCCGCUGCUGCGUCACAACAGUCGGUUUCCAUUGACGCGUCGACAGGGGUUGAUGCCGGCACUGGUGGUUCUAGGCGUUUUGGUUCUCAGCUUGCGCAUACCCACUCUAUUGCAACCUCCUUUCGGCAUGCUGCCACGGGGAGGGACUGCUUCCAAAUCCAUGGUGCGAUCAUUCCAAGGGGGAUCCCAAGUGCGCGCCGACUUUCCGUCAAGUGGAACUGGGUCAAUGUACUUCCCGCCCUUACAAGAGGGCUGCCCGGGGACACCUCUGAUGAUGAUGUCGGCCUCCUUCGUUGGAUCCUCCUUCUCCUCGCCCUUUGCGGUGCCCUUUUCGCCCUCAGCCUUAGGGCUCUGAGCCGCCUUCCUGCUCUUUGUGUCGUUGGGCUGCUCCAUGUCCUUCUUCAAUCGCACGGUGCGAGUGCGGUCCAGCUUGGGGAUACAGCCAAGGUCACUGCCAUCCGACCUCCCAACCCACAAGGCAUCUCUGGGAGCACUGUCGCACGUCCAGUGCCCACGCCAUGCCGUAAUGUCUCCUUGGGCGGCACAGGGCAUACCUGCUCGACUAGCGAGGAUGAUGAUCUCUGUUGCCAAUUAAGAGAGCUCUUCGUUGAUCGGAGCGACGCCUUGUGCACGUUACUUGAAUGCAGCAGAGUUGAUAGUGAGGAUCGUCCACUGUUCCAUGCUUGGACUCUCUUAGAAACCCUGCUUGAGCAUCAGGGCUCUGAUAGCCCUCCUACAGCGCAAGACACAGCUGUGCUUGGGCCCAGCCCCCACACUACUGUGCCUCGGGGCCCCGAUAGCCACACCUUCGGGGUCGGGGAACUAACAGAACCUUGCAACCUUGAUUCCCGGACUCCCCAGCCCAUCCGGAUCGGCGACCACCUUCCACUAUGCCAGACAUUUGAUCUUGCUGCAGUCUCUGUCGAUAUGGGUGUCAGCCUGGAUCAGGUUAUGCAUGGCAUUGCGUGUGACUCCUGGCCACUUCAACAUCGGCUGCCGGAACUUGGAGACCUGCACCCGGCAGCGAGGGUCUUCCUCAGCCACUGCUCUCUUGUCGAUCAAGGAACCUGGUCAGAAGUCUCUAACAGUCUCAGUCAUGUUGACCUUUACACGGAUGGGUCAUUUGACGGGAACCUCAGUUCCUGGGCUUUUGUCGCGUUUGGAUGGUCAGAGACCACAUGCUAUUUUCUUGGGUGGCAAGCCGGAGUUGUUCAAACUUCGCCCCAGCUUCCGGACUACAUCGGAGCCGACACUCACCAUGCCUUGGCAGGCGAGUACUCCGCACUGGUCUGGGCGCUCUACUGGGGGAUCCAAGCCUGCACCUUUCCAUCUUUGGCCUACCACUCUGACUGCCUCUCUGCUCUCCAGCAGGCCAAUGGCCAAUGGGGCAGUCAAUCCGGGGAUCCGCUUAUGAAGGCCUCACGGGCGCUCCUUCAAUUGCUGUGCUCUGUCCAACCUGCCUUCAAGGGUGCCGUCGACCAUGUCCACUCCCACCAGGGACAGCCGGGCAAUGAACUAGCGGACUCGCUUGCUAAGUUUGCGGUCAGAACAACAUAUACGGCCCGUUUGUCAAGUAGAGCGAAGGAACUAGCUCAAGCGAUACGCGACGGUUCUGUUCAAUGGUGGUGGCUGAUCCACACAGGGGCGGUUGCCCCACAGGCCUGGCCACAGUUCUACGGCUCCCACCUCUCGGAUCAUCACCGGUUCUCAGACAACAGUCCUCCAUCCGACCUAGAGGCCAAAGCUUGGUUUGGGUACGAGUCGGAUCUUAGACAUAAGCCAGACCUUACCAGACUGCUUACACUUAGGCUCCUCACGGUCAAUGUGCAGACACUCAAUGACCCCUCCGUUCCAGCAUGCGAUAGUCGAGAUUUCAAAGGGCGAGCUGGUUUCCUCAGAGAACAGCUCGACUCCUUGAACAUCCAUGUGGCAGCGCUCCAAGAGACGCGAGCGUUAGCCAGCGACACGAUUACGUCGCAUUCCCACAUCCGCUUUUGUUCCGGCAAAGACUCAGCCGGUUGCUUGGGAGUUGAGCUUUGGUUCAGUCGACUUCUCCCUUUCCUGGGCGAUAGAGGUUCCAAGACUUACUUCCAGCCGGGAGACUUCCUCGUUGCUUUCGCUGACCCACGAUCACUGGUAGUGAGAUUUGCCAGGGGCAGCAUCAAGAUCCUGUUUGUUUGCGUCCAUGGCCCUACCACGUGCGACCCGCAGAGAGAGUCAUGGUGGGCAAUGCUCCACGAACGCCUCCAUAGAUUUAGCGAGGCGCACGAGGUUGUUCUUCUAGGGGAUUACAACACCCAUUUUGCAGUCCCCAUACCAGGCCGGGUCGGUUCUCUGGUCUUCCCGGGCUCGGGUUCGGUUCCCACGGGCCUCCAGAAGAUUCUCCACACCCAAGACAUUUGGUUGCCGGCCACGUUCCCUGACAUACACCAGGGAGCUUCUCUCACCUGGGUCUCUCCCUCCGGUUCUUCGGGUUCUAGAAUUGACUUUGUUGGGAUCCCAUGUACGUGGAUUGCCGGUCCGCAGUCAUCCUGUGUCCAGACAGACUUGGACUGGGGCCAGGGCCAUACCGACCAUUACGCGGCCCAAGUCGAAGUGUCUGCCUUGGUCAGAGCCUCAAUGAGUGGUCCCCACAGAGUCCGGCUUGACAGAGAGGCAAUGUGCACUACGGAAGGGCAAAUUGUGCUCUCGGAGAUCUGGAAACAGGUUCCUCAGGUGCCGUGGUCCACCAAUGUCCACAGACACUGGGCCGCUUUGGAAGGUUACCUACGAGGCGAACUGACCAAGGCUUUCCCCAACCAGAGAGGCCAAUGUAGGUCCUCCCAUUUCAGCGAGCAUACGUGGCAUCUGAGACAGAGAAGAGUCUGGCUGCGGCGCCAGAUUUUAAAAUGCCGCGACCUGCUUCUGCCGCCAGCCCUACGCGACCCGUUUCUGGCAUGGCAACGCAAAUGCCGGCUCGCUGUUACCAAACUCUCAGGCAGUCUCCGUGUAAUGCACUUACAAAGCAGACUCUCAGGUUUUGCGACCGAACUGCGCCAGACUCGCAAGAUCCUCCGGCAGGCGGUUCGCCAAGACAUCCAACACCGAAUCGUUACAGUUGCGGCAGAAGCUGAACACUGUGCCACGGCUGAAGCUGUUCGACGCCUCAAGCCCCUUUUGGGUCCUCCCAAACGUAAGGCUAGGACACACAAAGGACUCCCCUUAGUCCUCACAGCCAACGGCACUCCGGCCACCACGGCAGAGGAGGUCGAAGACACAUGGGUGCAGCACUUUGCAGGCAUCGAGGACGGCCGCAAAGUCCAACCUGCUCAGCUUGCAGCGUCCUGCAUGUCCAUACAAAGCGGUCGGGAUCUGGAGCUGAUCUCCUUCAACAGGGAUGACAUCCCGAGCCGGAUCGAGCUUGAAGUUGCGCUCAGAGCGACCUCAGUAGGCCGAGCAUCAGGCCUUGAUGGAGUCCCCGGGGAGGCCCUUCACUGUGCAGUUGCGGCUGCGUCUGAGGCUCUGUAUCCGUUGCUGCUCAAAACCAGCCUACGGUUGGCCGAACCGGUGCAGUUCAAAGGGGGCAGCCUAGAGGCUGCCUGGAAAGGCAAAGGCUCGCCAGCAGUCUGUGCCUCCCACAGAGGCAUCCUCAUCUCAGCAGUCACAGGAAAGGCCUUCCACCGUCUUCUCCGAUCUCGAUGUGUUGGACCGCUAACAUCGGCCAUUGCAAAAGUAGCAGCUACCAUCCGGUUGCCACAUGGAGUGUUACACGAACUCCAUCUGCACUUAACAGGGAAUUCGGUCUUUGAGGGUAGUGGGGCCAGCUCCUGGCUGUCCGGCGCCAUGAGUGAGGUUCUAGAGGCUACAUGGUUCCGCUUCAAAGCAGGCCCCUCCCUUGUGCAAACUGGUAUCGGAAGCCGUCCAGGCGACAAUUGUGCCGAUAUCGUCUUCUCUUUCCUCUUCUCCAAAGUGCUUCAAGAGCUAUCCAAGGAUAUGGCGGCCAGGGGAUGCACGACUCAAUUGCCGUAUCACGAUUCCAUGCGAGAUGACAUCUUCAAGUCGGGAGCUGGGCCUCCGCAUUCGAUUGAUAUCUUCGAUGCUACUUGGAUGGAUGAUCUCGCACUCAUGAUGCUGUCCGACUCAGCCGAGUCCAUCGUUACCAAAGCUGGGCAUGUAACGGGAUUGCUGGUUGACGCUUGCUUAUCUAGAGCACUCUUACCCAACCUGGCCCGGGGCAAAACAGAGCUCAUUAUCGUGCCCUCAGGGACUGGCUCAAAAGGCGUCCGUGCAAGCCUUUUUCGGGACAAGGAUCCCUCCAUCGAGAUCCCCUCCAGACUGUGGCCUGGUGCCAGAGUGAGAGUGGUUAACUCCUACCGACAUCUAGGAGGUACAAUCCACUUCACGGGAGACCUUUCAAGAGAGGUCCGGUCCAGGGUUGCACUUGCGCAUGAAGCUUUCCAGAAGAGAAAGCGCCAUAUCUUUGGGUCCCCCACUGUCCCUAAGGAGGCAAAGGCCACUUUGUACAACUCACUUAUCCUCUCGGUGCUCCUUCAUGGGGCCGGUACCUGGCCUGGACUCAGUGCGGCAGCGCUCUCCUCCCUGAGCUCUGCGUAUGAGAGGAUGGCUUGUCAUAUGUGUCGGCCACACUGGGACUUCGAUCAAGCCCUUCAUUCCGGCAGAGAUCAGGUCCUUGCUUACUUGGGACUUCCCUCCGUUGCGGUCCUUCUGCACAUCCACCGCCUCCGGCAUCUGCUGCUUUUUGUUCGCUUGCAGCUAGAUCAGCUUUGGGCCCUUGCACACUGGGAAAAUGAGUGGCUCGCCACUGUCCGUUUGUCCCUUGCAUGGCUUUGGGACAUUGUCCGACCCUCUAAGGAUACGAGAUCCUGGGAGGACCUCUGGCCGGAGUGGCUUCAACUGCUACAUAAGGCCCCCGGCAAGUGGAAGAGCCUGCUCAAAAGAGCACAGGCCAGAGCCGUCCACAUCGAGGCAUGGCAGGCUGCAUACCACAGACACUGUGCGCUACUUGUCCACCAGCUCCAACGCAACGGAGCCAUCUCCUACGGCUCUACGCUGGAUCAACAGGAUCAGGUGCACUGCUGCGCGCUUUGCCGCACCACCUUCUCCACCCGGCAGAAGUGGUCGGUGCACGCCUUCAAGUGUCAUGGAAGGCGUAUGGCAGGGAGAGGCAUUCUCCCGGGGCUACAGUGCCAAGCAUGCCUCCGUACCUACCCCAGUAAUGUCAGACUCUGCCGGCACCUUCGGUAUUCCCUCCCUUGUCGUACAAAGCUAUUAUCCUUGGGCUACUCAUGCAGUGUUGAACCCGGCGUUGGACACCGCAAAGAUGACGACAAGGCCGUUGGUUUAUGCCCAGCUUUGUCUGGGAGUGGACCACUCCAGUUGUUUCCACAGCUUCCGGAUGUCCACCAGGAGGUCUGCCCUGUCGCUGAGGUGUGGGACUGUUUGCGGCUUAUUGAAUUCGACGGCCCCGUACUGGACCUUUCGGAUGAAGAGCUGUGGGACCGCUUGCGCCUGUCGUUCUCUUGUGUCUGCGCAUCGACUGAUCGCCUUAGGGCGACGGCCUUGUCUUGGGCCGAGUUUCUACAUGCCACGGACGGCAGCACCCGACUCGUUGACUGUGCGGAGUGGAUCAGUACGACCGACAUCGUUGCUUGGCUUGUACCCACACCUACUGUCCGCCAGUCCAUGUACCGAACCUACCGGGAUUCUGUACACAUUCUUGGUCUCCUUGACACCUCCCCGAUCCAACCGGGAUCUCCCGGCCCUCUCACCCCAGACCUUGUCUUUCUCCGGGUUCACUCUGGGUCGGGGGUGUCACCCCUGUCGCUCUGCGACCGCUGCUUUCUCGAGUUCACUCAUGAUGAAUGCCUUUUGGCUUUCGCCAAGGGGGAUCAACCAGCGUUCUUUGAUGGCCCUUUUGACGAUGUCGCUUUUGCCAUCGACCUUACGGGGCUUCCACUCCUCCAGACUUUGCCGUGUUUGGACUCGGGCCUCUCGUCAGGUCAGGCGGAACUCGGAAAAGCCAUUCUAGGCGCUGACCUCCUUCGCUUCUUCCUGAGGUUGAUUCUCCUACGUGUGCCGGCUAUCCUGGUUGUGUCGCCCGAGACAGAUCUCUGCAUCCAGUCCGCCGAUGAACAUGUCACGGUCAUAUCCAGUGCGAUCUAG